UUUUUUAUUUUAUUUUUACAAUUUUUUGUCUGUUGUUGACUCUGCAAAGGGGGAAAAUGCCAAGACCACGAUAUUUUGUCAACAAGUUGGCAGAUUUUGUUUCAGGAAAUGUAGUUCAGAUUGAUAAGGAUAAAUGGCAUCAAACUAUUAAUUCGAUUGUUGAAGAAAUUGAAAGGAAAAUGCCGCCGGAUCUUGAACAUUGCGAUGGGGGUCUCUACGUGGGGAAUGCCGGUGUUGCGUACACGUUCUACCAUCUGUCUGUGAUAAAGUCUUUUGGGGAUAUAAAACACAACUUGUUGGAAAAAGCUUUACAGUAUUUUAAUAUUUCAUUAAAAUUUGCUACAAGCUCAAGUUGUCGAGAUCCUCGUCCAUCAUUUAUCCUGGGCAAAGCUGGAGUUUUUGCGGUUGGGAGCCUCAUUUCCAAGGAACAGGGCAACAAACAAUUGAUGGAGGAUUUUAUAGCUAAAUAUGCACAGUUUUACAAUGAAUGUUUAAAUCCAAAUUUUUACCGCCAUGGUUCUGAUGAAUUAUUUGUGGGUCGGGCUGGAUAUUUGUGUGGAGUGUUCUUGCUGCAAAAGAAACUUGGAGUGAAGGUACUUGACGACAAAGCUAUUCAGUCACUGUGUGCUGUUACUGUACAGUCAGGACGUGAUUUUGCAAGGAAGCACCAGUCGAAAUGUCCUUUGAUGUAUGACUAUCAUGGAACACAGUACCUAGGAGCUGCACAUGGUCUGAGUUCCAUCCUUCAAACGCUGCUGUGUUUUCCCGACUUUCUCAAAGUGGACCCCAUGGCAGAACAAGAUAUCCGACAUUCAGUUGAUUUCCUUCUCAGUUUAGAACAGCCAAACCACAACUAUGCCCCGGCUAUGGAUGAUGUUGGAACUUGCACGAGACCGGAGUCGCAGGAACUGGUACACUGGUGUCAUGGGGCCCCAGGUAUAAUUUACCUGUUUGCUCGAGCCUACAUCGUGUGGGGAGACUCCAAGUACCUGGAUGCCUGCAUUCGCUGUGGGGAGCUCACCUGGCAGAGGGGUCUGCUCACCAAAGGUCCAGGGAUCUGUCACGGGGUUUCCGGUAACGGCUACGUGUUCCUGUUGCUGUUUCGCCUCACGGGUGACCAGAAACACCUGCACCGGGCGCAGCAGUUUGCCGAGUUCAUGUUCUCACACGAGUUUCAGUCCGGCGCCCGGACUCCCGAUUCUCCAUUCAGCCUGUACGAGGGGUGGGCAGGGUCAGUCUGUUUUCUCGCAGAUUUGUUACAGCCAGAGAAAGCUGCUUUUCCAUUUUUUGAUAUAUUUUGAAUGCAUUGUCGAUGGCAAAUCUUACUAUGGAAUUUACGUUAUUUGAUGGAGUAAGUUUUAGUGUUAUAUUUGUUGGUUCGUUUUCAUUAGGACUGUCUUCUUUACAGAAUUCACAAAACGUUUGCACGUAAAAUGAUUCCAUUUUACCGACUCGACGUAAGUAAUCAGUAAAUUCAAAUUUACUUGGAAGACUCUUCCGGUUUUGAAAGCCCAAAGUGGGUGGAGCACAUUAAAAUGCAGAAAAUAAGCAGAAAUAGUUGGUCACCAUAAUAUAGACAAUAAAACAUUUGCCGAUAGCCAGUAAAUAUGAUUGGUUAUUGGACGAGACUUGAUGAAAAAUGGUACAGACAGUCUUGUAAUAUUUGACGUGUUGCGCCAUCAGCUUUAAAACAAAGAUGACAACUUUCCUGGUAGUAGCAGAGCACUUGGUCUUAACCAUACCGGUUUUCAAGACAAGAUAUAUCAAAAUGUCUUGGUAUAUGCUGUUCAGUUAUCUUUAUUGUUUUUUUAAAAUAGCAACAAUUUCAAUGUUGGCCAUGGCAUAAAAACAAAACAGUUAAAGCUGAAUCUUAAUUUGGACAUUUUACUUUUUAUAAACCUUGUUUAGACGUAUAUCAGAAUAUAAUGUAAAUUGGUUUUAAAAUGUCACUCUAUGCCAUGGUUAGUAUUAAAAUAUAGAUUUCAGGGUUUCUAGAAUUUUAAUAAAAUCCACUAGCCAUGGGAUCAGCAAUUUAAAAUUUUUACUAGCCAUGAUUAAAAAUUCACUAGCCCUACUUUACUUUAAGUU